AUGACGACGAGUCUGGAUCGGUGGGAGAAGGAUCCUUUCUUCUCCGCUGCUGAAGAAGUUCAGGAAUCUGCCGACAGGAUGGAGUCAGCGUACAGGACAUGGAUCCUCAAGAAAAAAGACUCUUCAAAUGUAUGGGACUCGGAGCAGCUUCACAGGGACCUUCACGCUGCUCUUGGAACCACCAAAUGGCAGUUAGAUGAAUUCCAUCGAGCUGUCCAAUCUAGCUAUGACAAUCGUUUAGGUGACGAUACUCGAGACAGGCACCGCGAGUUCACUUUGGCAAUGGAGACUCAGGUUGCGAAAAUCGAGAAGUCUCUCAAGGAAGCAGCGCAAUCCGAUGGCAAAGGAACUCCGAGAUGGGUGCGUUUGGAUGAAGACGAUCGUAAUGAGCUUGCCCUCUUCUUGACUGGACCUUCUGAUUCUGAAAAGAAGAAACUUUCCACAAAUGGUGUCAAAGUGAAUCAGCUUCAAGAAGCAAAGCCACAUGGACAUAGAAGGACGGCAAGUGCUACUCCUGAUAUUGGUGCUUGGAACAUUGCGGUUUCUGACGACGGUUUACCGCCAAAACCCUCUGAUGAACGUGAACCACCGGUUCGACCUCCACGGAAAGUGCCUAGCGUCUCUGGGUUCUUGAAUUAUAUGGAACCUGGUUCCAAGAACUGCAUUAGAAAGUGGAAGGCCUUAGAUCGUCAGGGAGACUCUGAUGCUAUGUUACUACCUGUCCAAGCGAACCAAGUAAAUGGAAAUGUUGAGAGGGACAAGAGCUGUAUGGAGGAGUGUUACGAAAAGCAGCUUCACGGUUGGUAUGGAGCUCUACAGAGGCAGCUUCAACGGUCUCAAUAUCGAAUGCGAUAUAGCAAUAGAUCUAUUCAAGCUGCUAUAUGGAUUCUUCUCUUAAUUUUUCUUUUAGUGGUAGUCGCAGUGCAUACAAUGUAG